AUGGCUCACGUCGAGCCCAAGCAGCUGCCAACCAAGGGCAAGCCGUGGGCGCCCAUUCUGAGUCAAGGAUUCAAUCACAAGGUUGAUCUCAUCUUGCCUCAAGAGUGCUAUGAGUUGGUGCACCAGAAGCUGGCCAAGGAGCUCGCUCCACCGACAUUUCACAGGGUCGUCAUGACCCUCGGCCAGGUCCUUGACGGAGCUUUUUUCACCGAGUAUAUCAAGAGGGGUCAGCCGAAUCAGACACCUUGGAGUUGCGGCACUGUAUGA